CCGUGGCGCUAGUGUCGCGCGUUUGUACAACAAAUGUACGAUAAGGAAUUAGUUCCGAAUUUCACCGCAGUAUUCUUGCAGUUGGUAAAUCGUACGCGUCACAGGGGCCGCAGCCAUUUUGUGAAUUGUAAAUUGAGUUGGGAUGCUGAGUUGCUUUCUAGACUAGAUUGUGUUGUUUGAUCGAGAGUUGUGUUGUAGAGUUCAGUUUGAGUUUGACAGCAUAAUCUAAAUUUCGGUUACUAAGAAAACAAAUGUUUUCGUUAAAAUGAGUGAAAAAGUGAAACAAACGUGGAUAGAUUUCGUAGAGUCGUUCUUGGAAGCGAGGUUGUUAUGGGACCCUAAAGACGAAAACAAAAACAACAAGGGUCUACGCGCCGACGCUUAUGAUAAGUUACUUGAACAGUAUCAGAGAAUUGAUGAAAGUGCGUCGCUGGCGGAUAUGAAAAACAAACUUGCAAAUAUGAGGACUACAUUUAACAGAGAAAGAAAAAAGGUCACUGACAGCAUACAAAACGGGGAUGUCAGAGUUCACCAACCUACAUUAUGGUACUAUGACAUUUUUAAUAGUUUCCUUGAUCCUGAUACAUCAAACAUUGAAUACACCACGCCAGUUACAAGGCUGUCCAAGAGGGAGACAGAACAAUUUAGAACAGAGAUACACCGUGAAUCUACUAAGGGAAAGGAAGACUCAAAAAAACAGCCAGCACAAAAGAAGCAGCGAAUAUACAGUCUUCUUCAAAAACAGGAAAGAUUCGUAAACACAGCCAGCCAAAUGCUGCAACGGAGAGAACAAGCGUGGGAAAUCAACGGCAAAGCUAUCGGGUUACAACUCUACCAGCUCGACCCGACACAGCGAGCCAUAGCACACAAGUUGAUCUCCGACGCCUUGUUCUUUGGAAAUUUGGGAAAGUUAACAGAAGAAUCAUUUAUUAGUUUGAAUAAUAAACGAGCCUCACCAGUGACACAUGAGGAGAUUCAUUAUUUGAAAGUUUUGAAACAGGAGGCAGAUGUGAAAGAUGAUAAUAUUAUCAAUGAUGAUGAGUAAUUAAAUGUGCAAUUUUUUACUAUUGUAUGUUAAA